AAUUCUCCAACACGAGAGGUUAAAUUUUAGAGUGAGUUGGGUAAUUGUUGGAGGGUCUAUUUUUCAGUCCAUAAAUACCUGUCUGCUAGGCCAACCCACUUCCAUAUUUUGCAUCCUUUGUACCUGAGUUCAAGGUUAACACCAAACAACACAUAUAGUGCAGAUUCAUAAGCUUUCAACCAUGGAGGAUCCAAAUCAAGCUCAAGAAGGGUCUUCUCAGAAGAAAAUGGGAAGAGGGAAGAUUGAAAUCAAACGGAUCGAGAACACCACCAAUAGGCAAGUCACCUUCUGCAAGCGCCGCAACGGUUUGCUGAAGAAAGCUUAUGAAUUAUCAGUUCUGUGUGAUGCGGAAGUUGCCCUUGUUGUCUUCUCAACCCGUGGCCGUUUGUAUGAGUAUGCCAACAACAGUGUUAGGGCCACCAUUGAAAGGUACAAGAAGGCAAAUGCUGCUGCUUCAAACGCAGAAUCCGUAUCUGAAGCUAACACACAGUUUUACCAGCAAGAGUCAUCCAAAUUGAGAAGACAAAUUCGAGAUAUUCAGAAUCUAAACAGGCACAUCCUUGGUGAAGCACUUGGUUCUCUGAGUCUCAAGGAACUAAAGAACCUCGAGGGUAGAUUGGAGAAAGGAUUAAGCAGAGUUAGAUCUAGAAAGCAUGAAACAUUGUUUGCUGAUGUCGAGUUCAUGCAAAAGCGGGAAAUUGAGCUGCAAAACCACAAUAAUUAUCUGCGAGCUAAGAUAGCUGAACAUGAGAGAGCUCAACAACAGCAAUCAAAUAUGAUGUCAGGAACACUGUGCGAGUCCCUUCCUUCACAAUCAUACGACAGGAAUUUUUUCCCUGUAAAUCUCAUAGCUUCUGAUGAUCAACAACAAUAUUCUAGUCAAGACCACACUGCUCUCCAACUUGUCUGAUGAUAUGCUGGAAAUUAGAGCUACUGGAAGUUCUGCCACAGUCAUUAUAUAUAUAUAUCGGUUGAUGUAGCUCUAGCUAUUUGAAUAGUUACGUGUAGCACCUAUAUAGUGCAGAGCAAAUAAUGCCACACAUGCAUGCCUGCGUUUCCUGAAUCAGUUUGUGCCUUUAGAAUUGACGUUAAUUUGCUAAAGGUCAUUAUUAGACUGCGAACUUAUAAAUGAUCCAUUUUGGACUCAUAUUUCAUACGAUAUAUAUAAUGUUAAUGUAUCUUUUAAUAAGAGCUAGUUUCUAAACCUCA